AUGGAGAAGACGUGCGGAGUCACCAAUCUCCAAGUCUUCGAUUACACAGGAAUGCCAUACAGCUUUUCAGUCCCCCGAGUGGAGUACCUGACAGAACCUCUUCAGAGAAGUAAGCUGAGUGAAGAAGACAAGCGCUACCUGGUAAAUCACGACAUCGAACUUUCUGUCAAUCCUUACGCAAAAGAGAUUCAACCCGAAAUCCUUUUGGGGCACUGGCUCGCGAAACUUCCUGUCAACAAGGAUGCUGGCGUUCUCGUUAGAAACCGAAUACUGGAAAUUCGCAAGAUUGCGGCAGACAUACAGAAACCAAUACGCUGGCCUAAGCGACAACAGCGGCUCACUCUGCCACAAGACAUUGAUGGAGAAGUCGAGGAAAUAAAAAUCUGCCUAGUAGGAGUAGAAUCAAGGGACGAUGACAAGGAAUUGAUUGACUGGAACAGACAUAACUCCUUGUCUACUACGCAACAAACCGUGGCUCUGGCACUUCGCUUCUUGAGACGCCCAAAUGAAAGGGUGUCACACGUGCUGUCGUCUCGGCUCCAAAAAAAUAUUCCAGCAUUGGAACCGAGGAAGGAAUAUCAAUAUGUCACCGCAGAAAGAGACGAAGCACUCCAUGCCAUCGUGCAAAACCAUCAAGCGAUCCAUGUCACCGAACAGCUCCGAAAAUCGAUAAAGAGCCUCAACCCCUCAACCUCCAACCGGACAAACAAGGGCUUCUUUGCUGUUACGGACAAUCCAAGGCGUACAAGAUCACCACGAUGGCUACAAUACUUGCUCACAUUCCUUUUCGGAACUUCCUAUGGAAAAUCACUCCAGUGCGUAAAAGGCGGAGUGCAAAUUGUCAGCAAUGGAGAAUCGCAAUACGAGAUAUGCGCGGAAGGGCACUGCGUAGUGACAAAACAUCCUCUACCGAAUGACACUUUGUUUUUCCCACCGGAGAUUACAUUACAUGACCAUAGAGUGCAAAGGGAAAGGCUCGACGGAAGAAAAAUCGAAGUUAUCGAAACAACGUGUCCAGCAAUUCCCUUUUGUGAUAAUGUGCAGUGUUGGUUUUGCACAGCCAACGCCUUUAAUCCAGAAUACAGUCCUAUAGCAGCUCUGAUGGUCUGGACAGUAACCUUCUACAUGGCGAUAGCUGUCAUCUACACAAUAUGCUACGUGCCCCUCACCGUAGGAAAACCCUGUAGGAUUCUUCACGAGCAUACUCAAAGGCAUCAAGACCGGGUACCUCAGGAGAAACCAUCUAGUCGGGAAUCGAAAUAG